UAAUACCUCUUCGUCUGGGUUGCAGGCAGCCAGCACAGCGCAGCACUCGUUGUCAGAACCACGUUCUCAUUGUCCAGCUCUCCCAGUGUACCUAGUACCUCAUCAUCACCAUGCUGGGCAACUACACCAAGGUGAGCUUGAUCCAAACACUUCGUCCGGGCGACCAUUUGUGCGUGUGGGACGAGAGUCGAUGGCCGAUCCGAUAUCAGCACCACGGCAUUGUGUGGACGCAAGGCGAUAGCGAAGACACGAUCCAGGUGUGCCAUGUGUGGAGUCCGUUGGUAGGGUACCAGGAAGCCCAAGCGGACUCGUGUGUGCGGGUGUCGCCACUGCGGGACUUUCUCUCCAAGCGCAAGAUCUCGAGCCUCCGCGUGGUCGAGUACAACACGAGCAGCCUGCGCGAACUCUUGUCCAAGUGGGGCGAAGUGCACUACAGCAAGGCCGACCUGCCCGAAGUCGUGCUCGCGCGCUGCAAGUUCCUCAUGGGGCUGGGCAAGGGCGAGUUCAACAUCUUCUCGCAAAACUGCGAGCAUUACGCGCAUUGGUGCAUGACGGGUGAGCAGUGGUGCAAACAGGUGAUGACCAAGCCCAAGUCCCGCGUGCCGUUUGAGCACCAGAUCGCGCCCGACCAGGUACAGGCCAUGGAAGAAGAGAUCGAAGCCAUCAAAGACGUCAGCCGCAGGGUUGUCGCCAAAGUGCUGGCGCUCAACGGCCACAAGGUCAAGCUGCGCGUGAACGGGUACCACAAUCGUUUUGUGGUCAUCUUGCCGUCCGGCCAAGUGUCUGUGGCGGACGAGGACGAGGGCGACGCGACCACCAACUGGACCAAGCCAGCCAUCUUUGAGCUGCAAGCCACGGCCAAGGUGUACAACUGCAUCAAGGUGAGCCUUCGCACCGCCGGCACCAACACAUACAUGUACUCACGGAGCACGCUGUCGUGUUUUCGCGAUAUCCGCAUGAAAAAUUUCAACUGCUGGCGCGGCCGCCCAGGACUUACGUGGGAACUGAGCUCCAACGGAUACAUGAAGAGCCUGAACCAGCACCGCCGGUACAUUGGAAUUCGAUCCGACAGCCGGCUCGUGGACGUGAGCAUGCGCGGCGACGCGGCGCGCUUCGAGCUCGUGCCUGUGGACACCAGCCAGGAGAAGCCGCCGGAGUACGACGCCGCCAUUCGCAAGCUGCCGUCGUCACGGUCGUUCGAACUGCGGCUGUCCUCGCGCGAGUUGGACGAGCAGCGAUUGCCAAAAUUCAACGAACUAGACGAAGAUAACAAGGUGGCGACGCCGUACGCUCAAGUGAAUAGCAUGUAGAGAUAGAAUUGUUCUGCUUGGUCAAGGCAACACUGUGCAUUCAACACGAACCAAAUGGACUGCCUGCUAUAUAUGAUAUGCAUCAAAUUUGAACGUGAUAGCGACCCUUUGGCUGGC